AUGGAGACGAUUCGAAUUGUUACCAAUGGUGUGCUGUGUACAUUGGGUCUAUGGGGUCAUACAACGUUAACUGUCGCUGUCCAACUCCUGUCCAUCUUCAUUUGGCCAUUCUCAAAGAAACUAUACUAUGCCUUUCAUGCGCACAUAAUGCGACAAUGGUCUCAAAAUCUUUUCGAAAUCAUGAGAUUGUUUGCGCCGGGAGAAUUGAUCAUCACAUUCGAUGAUAGCAUUACCAACGACAUGGACGACGAUAAUAACAAUGAAGCAUUGGAAGAGUUAUUAACUCGCAAUAUGAAGGGCCAAGUAACCGGAAUAUCUUUUCCCGAAAGGCUGAUAAUGAUAUCAAAUCAUCAGAUUUAUGCGGAUUGGAUUUAUGUUUGGUUUUUGGCGUAUUUGGGAAAGGCUCAUGGCGCAUUAAAGAUCAUGCUCAAGCACAGCUUAAGUCAAGUACCUAUCUAUGGCAUGUAA